AGCUCAGAAACUCCUGUUGAUCCUUGACAUGGUGGCCGAAAAAACAAGCCCACAUUAAAUUAUUAAACUCUAACCAUCGAUAUAUUCUUAUCUCUUCACAUUUAAAUAUGCAAAAGAAAUAUCAACGUCUCAAUCAUAUCAUACAUACUAUAAUUAAUCAUCUCCCCCUUCACUACAAAAACACCAACACUACUCUCCUCUCCAUAGCCUAUAGCUACUACAACUUGGGUUGAUCCAUCAAAGAUACAGAAAAACAAGAAAAUGAGAGAAAUUCUUCACAUCCAAGCAGGGCAAUGCGGCAACCAAAUCGGCGGCAAGUUCUGGGAAGUGGUGUGCGAAGAGCACGGCAUCAACGAGGUCGGAAACUACGUGGGGACGUCGAAAAACGAGCUGGAAAGGAUCAACGUUUACUACAACGAGGCUAGCGGAGGGCGGUACGUGCCCCGGGCGGUGCUGAUGGACCUGGAGCCCGGGACGAUGGACAGCCUGAGAACCGGGCCUUACGGGAAGAUAUUCCGGCCGGAUAACUUCGUGUUCGGGCAGAACGGCGCCGGGAAUAACUGGGCCAAGGGGCACUACACGGAGGGAGCAGAGCUGAUCGACUCUGUUCUCGACGUGGUUCGGAAAGAAGCAGAGAACUGCGACUGCCUGCAAGGCUUUCAGGUAUGCCACUCCUUGGGAGGGGGCACGGGCUCUGGGAUGGGGACUCUCCUCAUCUCCAAGAUCAGAGAAGAGUACCCUGACCGCAUGAUGCUCACAUUCUCCGUCUUCCCUUCCCCCAAGGUCUCCGACACCGUCGUCGAGCCCUACAACGCCACCCUCUCCGUCCACCAGCUCGUCGAGAACGCCGACGAGUGCAUGGUCCUCGACAACGAGGCCCUCUACGACAUCUGCUUCCGCACCCUCAAGCUCACCAACCCAAGCUUCGGCGACCUGAACCACCUGAUCUCGACGACGAUGAGCGGGGUGACCUGCUGCCUGCGGUUCCCGGGGCAGCUGAACUCGGACCUGCGGAAACUGGCGGUGAACCUCAUCCCGUUUCCGCGGCUGCACUUCUUCAUGGUGGGGUUCGCCCCGCUGACCUCGCGCGGCUCGCAGCAGUACCGGGCGCUGACGAUCCCGGAGCUGACGCAGCAGAUGUGGGACGCGAAGAACAUGAUGUGCGCGGCCGACCCGCGGCACGGGCGGUACCUGACGGCGUCGGCGAUGUUCCGGGGCAAGAUGAGCACCAAGGAGGUGGACGAGCAGAUGAUCAACGUGCAGAACAAGAACUCGUCCUACUUCGUGGAGUGGAUCCCCAACAACGUCAAGUCCAGCGUGUGCGACGUCCCCCCCACGGGCCUGUCCAUGUCGUCCACCUUCGUCGGGAACUCCACGUCCAUACAGGAGAUGUUCCGGCGGGUGUCGGAGCAGUUCACCGUCAUGUUUAGGAGGAAGGCUUUCUUGCAUUGGUACACCGGGGAAGGCAUGGACGAGAUGGAGUUCACCGAGGCCGAGAGCAACAUGAAUGAUCUCGUGUCCGAGUAUCAGCAGUAUCAGGAUGCCAAUGCGGAUAAUGAAGGAGAGUAUGAUGAUGAAGAUGAUCAGGAUGCCAUUGCCAAUUGAUGCCCUGCCCACCUCAAACGUCUUCUCUUUUCUCUACUGUUUUCUUUUCUGCAGCUUUUGAAUUGUAUUUUUUGUGUACGCGAGUGUAUAUGCUUGAAUCAACCAAUAAUGGCCGUCAUUUGUUGUUGUGAUUAUUA